AUGGAAAGACUUCGUUUUCAAAGCCCAUUUAUUGGCUUGGACAAUGACCCUGGGAAUCGGCUCCUGAAAGUGGAGUGUGAGACUUCAGAAGUCCCACUCGUUGUAGCGAUGGCUGAAGGUGUCGAGAUGGCAGUCUGCGGCUUUACAGAAUACAGAGCCCUGCAUUCUCGCAAAGGAUACAUCGUCAUUGCAGCUGUCAGCGUGCAUCCCCGCACGAUGAAGAUAAAGUUCCACUGGUCUGGGUUGGGGUGUUGGGGCUGUGUGGUUAGUGUUCUUCCCUGCAGACGAGUUGCCACAUGGUUUAACCAGCUUGCUAGGAAGAUCGGCAGGAGGAAGGCCCGUCAGGCAAAGGCUCGUCGCAUUGCUCCAUGCCCAGUGUCAGGGCCAAUCCGACCCCUUGUGAGGUGUCUCACUGUUAGGUACCACACGAAAGUUCGUGCUGGCAGAGGAUUCACCUUGGAAAAGCUGAGAAUGGCUGGCAUCAAUAAAAGGGUUGCCCGGACAAUUGGGAUCAACACGUCCACAGAAUCCCUGCAGGCCAACGUGCAGAGACUGAAGGAGUAUCGCUCCAAACUUAUCCUCUUCCCAAGGAAGCCCUGUGCACCCAAGAAGGGAGACAGCUCUCCAGAAGAACUCAAGAUGGCAACUCAGCUCUCUGGACCUGUUAUGCCAAUCAGGAACGUUUACAAAAAGGAAAAGGCCCGUGUUAUCUCUGAGGACAAGAAGAACUUCAAAGCCUUUGCCAGCCUGCAUAGGGCCUGGGCAAAUGCCCGUCUCUUUGGAAUCUGUGCUAAACGAGCCAAGGAAGCUGCAGAGCAGGAUGUGGAGAAGAAGAAAUGAACUGUUCUCCCUCGA